AUGGCUUCUCUCCACGAUGUUGCAGAUAAAAAGCCCCCUCAAAUCAAUCCAUACGAAGUUCUUGGUAUUGAGAAAACUGCCUCUGAAGAUGAGAUCAAACGCGCAUAUCGCAAAAGUGCUUUGAAGCACCAUCCAGACAAAGCUCCAGAACAUCUCAAAUCUGAUUCGCACACCAAAUUCCAAGAAAUUGCUUUUGCAUAUGCUAUUCUCUCCAAUCCAAAUAGUCGCAAACGCUAUGAUCGUACUGGAUCUACUUCUGAGUCUGUUGAUGCUGAUGGAUUCUCCUGGACCGAGUUUUAUUCCGAGCAAUACAAAGACGUUGUUACUUCUGAUGCCAUUAAUCAAUUCGCUAAUGUUUACAAAGGUUCUGAUGAGGAGAAAGAUGAUUUGCUGGCAGCUUAUACCAAAUACGAAGGAAAAUGGGGAAAGAUGUAUCAAGUCAUUAUGUUAAGUGAUCCAGUUGAGGAUGAAGAACGAUUCCGCGAGAUCAUCGAGGAAGCAAUCAAAACUGGAGAGGUCGAGGAAUAUGCCGUCUUCAGGAAGGAAACUCAGGCUUCGAAGGAUAAAAGAAUGAAGAAGGCUAGAGCCGAGGAGAAAGAGGCUGCGAAGGCUGCGAAACAAAUUGGUGUUGAUAAAUUGUUGAAGGGAUCUAGUGGGGAUGUACCGGAACAAAGUAAGAAGCCAAAGAAAAGUGUCCCUGGUCAUAUGGAUGACCUGGCGGCUAUCAUUCAGGCCAGACAGGCUUCAAGAGGUGGCUUCUUUGAUAAUCUAGAGGCAAAAUAUGGUGGAAGCAAGUCGACAAAGGGCCCUGGUGAGCUAAGUGAAGAGGAGUUUCAGAGAAUUCGAUAUGGUUUAGGCAAGAGCAAAGAUAAAGCCAAGGGCAAGGGGAAGAAAAGAGCAGCUGACUCGGAGGAUGAAGUUGAGGAAGAUGAAAAACCGGCACCAAAGAAGAAGUCAUCAAGAGGCAAGAAGAGAGAACCCGAGGUAGAGCAAGAAGAUGGAGAUGUAGAAAUGGACGACGUUGGUGAUGAUUUUCAAGCAGAAGAAGCUGAGGAAGACGAGGAAGAGGUCGAGCCUGAGUCUGAGCCCAAGAAGUCAGCUUCUAAGAAGAGAGCAAAGAAGCAACCAACUCGGCAAUCCAAGCGCAGUAAGACUACUCGGGCAUGA